AUGACGGAGAAUAACAGCUCGGAUUAUAAAGGGUUGGAGAAACUAAAUUCCCUGGACCGUGUGGUGAUACGCGACAAGACCAAAGCCUACCCUAGCAGCAAGUACGUGGUCACCAGCCCUGAUGGCGAGGUCCUGUUAUACGCGAAGGAGGACUCCGGGAUACUGGACAAGGUUCUGUCCGGGAAGAGCAGGUCCUUUGAGAUCGAUGUUUAUGAUACUGAUGAUAGAGAAGUGAUAAAACUCCGUCGCCCCUACACGCUAGGGCAGGACAAAAUGGACGUGUCCGUGUGCGGGCAGGCCGUGGCCAUCGUGCGCAAGGAGGUCACCUUUUUCAAGCCUGUGCUCUCUAUCAACGAUGUAAAUGACAAGCCGGUGAUACGCGUCAAAGGGCCCGUGUCUACCACGUCAGAGUGCGAUUUUGAGCUAUAUUCCUCCGACAAGAAGCGUAUCGGCGCCAUUUGCAAGCGGUGGAACGGGCUGACGCGCGGGCACAGCGAGCGCGACAACUUCGUGCUGCUGCUGCCGCCGCUCGACGUGCGUUACAAGGCCGCGGUUAUCGGCACUUGCUUCCUUAUUGAUUUUUUGAUCUUCGAAAAUUAGAAACAGGAUGAAACCAUGAAUUUCUAACCCCGCCAUCUAGCGUGGAAUAGGAAAAACGCUGUCUGAUAUCAAGAACCAUAGCAAGCAGCAGUCUUCUUAUUUGUUAAUAGAUGGCGCUGUAU